AAGGCUUCCAUUUGCGGGUUAAAGCCCUCCACUGACAGAAACCCUAGCAGCAGGUAGCGAUCAUGGCCAAGAAGGCGAAGGAGAUGAAGCCUCCUCCCUCUCCGUCCUCCUCCUCCGAAGAGGACUCUCCUCCCCCUGCGAUUUCACCCGUAAAGAAUCCUGCCGCUGGCUUCACCACGGCAGCUCUACAAAAGCAACCAGAGCCUUCCUCAAAGCCCAUCGGCGGACAGGAGGAGGAGGAGGAGGAGGAGGAGGGCUCUGAGAGCGAAGGAGAGUCUACGGACGAUGAAUCAUCCGAGGAUUCCGGGGCUGUCGCAGCAAAAGCAAACCCACCGUCACAGCUUAGAGAUUCUAGAACAUCGGAUGGUAAGAAGGGUUUGAAUGCCUCUCCUCCUUCUGAAACAGACUCAGAAGAUAUAGAAGAAGAUGGGGAAGAAGAUGUUGAGGGGGAGGAUUCCAGUUCUGAAUCGGAGCAGCAGUCGCUGCCUCCUCCUCCCCAAGAAGCCGCAAACGCUGAGGGGAAGAAAGCGGCAGCCCCAAUUUCUGGCUUGGACUCAAGCUCAGAAGAUGAGUCGGAAAGCAGUUCUGAUUCUGACACGACUGAACCUUCUCCUCUGGGUUCCGCUCGCAACACUGUCGAUCCUUCAUUGAAACCACUGAGUUCCAAGCCUAUGGACAGCCCUGUUCAGCUCUCGGACAAGAAACCCAUAUCUAGGAAGCGAUCCACGACCUCCCCCACCCAAGUUUCCAAAAGAAAGAGGAAGACUGCUGAUAUAAUCGGAGCAGAGGGAGGGCAGGAGAAGAAGGAGAUUACCAGGAAGAUUUGGAGCAAGGCAGAUGAGCUGGCCUUGCUGCAAUGCAUUCUGGAUAAUAAUGAGCUCCAUCACGGGACAUCCAUUCAUGUGCAGGCGGAGUCCCUUCUGAAAUCUGUGAAUAAUUCUUUAUCCAGCUCAGUCACCUUGACCCAGAUGAAUGACAAGAUUCGUAGGCUGAAGCAGAAGUACAACGCUACUAUUAAAAAAGUAAAGGAUGCUAAUAAGCCAAACAUUUCUAAUGCCCAAGAUGCUGCUGCUUUUGAUCUUUCGAGGAAGAUUUGGGGUCCUGGCAAGGAGGAACUUGUUUUUGCUGAUAAUAAUUUCAAGCUAGAUAAAGUGAAGGAGGGCAUUAUGGUGGAGAAAGGAAAGAAAAGUAAUCUGAUAGUUGAGUAUCCUUUUCUACGAUGGCAUGCCAAGACUGACCAUGCCAACAAUGCAUUAGUAAUGCAGAGUCAUAUACCUAUUGUAGAAGCAAAAGCGUUGGAGGGAAGUUGUAAGAAGUUGGAAAUUACUGAGAUUCAGCUACACAUGCAAAAGGCGAAGCUCCUGUCUUUAUCAUUGAAGCUAAUUGAAGAUGCACUUGAGAAAUGCUGAUCCUGCUUUGCUGCAUCUUGGCAUCAACUAGGCACAUCUCAUCUCUUCAACCACUACUUGGCCAUCCGAACUUGCUUCUUUGUCAUUUUGCGGCCCUAGACCUUCAUUGCU